UGUUGGUGAGAGUCCUGGCAGUAGUGAGACCAGCAGCUUGACCGGCACAGUGAGCCUUUUACUGGGGCCUCAUCAUGGCUCUUCUUCUCCAGAACCAGUUCAAGCCAUUACCUGCCGAUAAGCAGAUAGACACUUGCAGUUUCUUGGAUUCCGUCUCUCACCUGCCUGCAUUUUUCGACUGCCUCGGUUCUGCUAUAUUCUCUCCAAUCAAGGCUGACAUUACAGGCAACAUAACGAAAAUUCGUAAUGUCUAUGAAACAAACCCCACCAAGUUCAAAACGUUGCAGCAGAUUUUGGAAGGAGAAAAAGAAAUGCAUGGACCCUGUUGGCCAAAAGUUGGAGCAACUCUAGCUCUGAUGUGGUUAAAAAGGGGCCUAAAAUUUAUUCAGGUGUUUUUACAAAGCAUCUCUGAUGGAGAAAGGGACGAAAAUAACCCAAAUCUCCUUAGAGUCAAUGUAACGAAGGCUUAUGAGCUUGCACUCAAAAAAUACCAUGGCUGGGUUGUACAGAAAGUAUUCCAGGCUGCGCUCUGUGCUGCUCCAUAUAAAGAUGACUUCCUUAAGGCCCUUUCGAAAGGACAAAAUGUGAAAGAGGAAGAAUGCAUAGAGAAAAUCCGUCAGUUCCUGGUCAACUACACCACCACAAUUGAAGCAAUAUACAUAAUGUACAUCAAGAUGGGUGCAGAGCUGGAUUACAAAGCCUAACUUACCCAUUUACAGACUUAACCUACUCAUUGCUUUAGUUUCAACUCAGGACCAUAACCUCAUUUUUUUUUUUUUCUGUCUUCCGGAGAGGUUUAUCAGAUACUUGGAAUUUUCAGUACAAACAAAAACCUAAUGAAAG